CCAGAGUCUCUAGGAAAGAAAGAUGGGAUACUUUAUGUUAUGGGGUAGACAUAAUUGUUUUGCAUCCCAGGAUGGUAACCUGUGGGUAGAAGUGAAAGUCUCAGCUGUUGAGGUAGAGACACCAGAUGAGCUCUUCGUAGAAAAUGGGACAGAGGCAAGACUUCCAUGCACAUUUUCAUCCCCAGAGGUGAUCAGCAGCGCAGCAUCCAUCUCCUGGAGCUUCCAAUCAGAGGGAGCAACAGCCCCAAUAUCAUUUUUCCAUUACUCUCAAGGGAAUGCAUACCAUGGGAAGGACACACAGUUUAAGAACAGAAUCAGUUGGGCUGGAGACCUUAACAAGAAAGAUGCAUCUGUCAGCAUAGCAAAUGUGCAGUUCCGGGACAACGGUACUUACUUCUGCGAUGUCAAGAACCCACCUGACAUAGUCGUCAAGCCAGGAGAAAUCCGACUAAGAGUCGUGCAGAAAGACAGUCUGCCUGCAUUCCCCAUUGGCGUGGUGGUAGCAAUAGCCGUGGGUGCGACUCUAGGUGUCUUGCUGCUCAUUGCUGUUAUCGUGUGCAUCGUCAGAAAGAAGAACUCUAAAAAGCAUUAUUCUGGCUGCAGUACCUCUGAGAGCUUGAUGUCUCCAAUUAAGCAGGCUCCACGGAAGUCACCCUCCGACACAGAGGGUUUGGUAAACCACGUACCUGCCAGAUUGCAUCAGGGCCCAGUCAUUUAUGCGCAAUUAGAUCACUCCGGCGGACGACACAGUGACAAGAUUAACAAGUCAGAGUCCGUUGUUUAUGCUGACAUUCGGAAGAACUGAGGAAAUUCCAUCGUAUCCAAAGCAAAACAGAAAUUCAAACUGGAAUGGCUUGAAUCAAAUGUGACCCAGAGAACUCACAUGUGGCCUUUGAUGCCUAGGCUAGGACCAAUGCAUGUGAAUACAGAGAGAUAUAUAUGUGUUGUGUGUAAAUAGUCUAUUUAAUCGUACAAAAGUGAUUCCAGUGUUGCAUGUUGAGAUGCAGUAAGAAAUCUGCUUAUAAAUGGCCAAUAUUCUUCUUUUGUAUCUAGGAUAAGAGGAGAAAAAGAGAAAAUUCAUAACAUGGCAAUUUUUAAAUAUAUUUUAUCUCAAUCAUUAAUGGGGAAACUGGAAGGUGCUAGCGGAUUCUAGAUUUACUGGCUCCUUUCUCACAGGGCUUUUCUUUCUUGAAGGGAUGGAUAUGAGGAAGAUAGUUUCCACAGGAUAUUUCCUCUUCACCAGGCUGUACAUAUUUUCCUUAGAAAAACUGUCCUCAUCUGAAUGGGAGAAGGAAGAGUUAAGCUACAAAGGGUCUGGUCAAAAUUAGCUAUUUGAAAUGUCUACUCUUCACCCCUUUAAAUGUGUGCAAACUUUUAGAUUUAUAUAACAGUGACAUUGCUCAUAGAUUAAUAGAUGUUAUGGCUAGAAGGGACCAUUAUUAGCUAAUCUAGUCUGACCUCCUGUAUAUUGCAGGCCAUAGAAUUUCAUAUAAUUACUCCUUUAUUGAGACCAUGUAUUAUUAGAGCUUAAAGCCAGUCCCUUAGAACACAGGGACUGUGUUGAUCCAGUGGGGUUUGUGCAGUGAAAAUAAAACCCAACUUUUCAUAAGCAAGUGAAGGGGGAUAUCUAAGAAACUUCAUAUUUGGGUAACUUGCUUCAAUUAGAUCCUGACGUACCCUUCCCUGGCACAACCUGCUUCCAGUGAAACCUGCUGGAUUGUUUUGUCCACUUGUAGCAGGAAGCAGGGGCUCUACUGGAGAGAAAUGACAUUGCACUUUGUGGAAAAGGAAUAGUGAUUAAAACUUUACUUGCAAUAAUCUGCCUAUACCGUCUUUCCCUGAAGCUAGUUUAGAGUAAGGGGGAGAAGUGUGAUGAAUGGAACCUGCUGCUAUAAGAGGACAGGACUAUCCUUGGUUCCACUGUCACUGACUCUUACUAAUGACCCACCCCCUGUGAUCUGCUAGAACAGGAAUAAUUAAACAAUGCAUAGAGUAUACACCCCUACCUAUAUGCCUGACACUGAGGCUAGCUUGCUCAUUUGGGAAUCUCCCCCGUGACCUGUUUAGUCUAGUUGAAGGCGUGUGAGCUAGACCCAUGCUGGAGAGAUUAAUGUCAAGGUUUCUUGGAUCCUCUUUGUUCUUCACUUGUAUUUUUAUGAAUACUUGCUUAUAUUUUCAAAGGCUCAUUGAGUCCUUCUGGAAGGAAACAAGCUGCCACUUGUGUGCAGUGAACUGCGGGCAUCGUGACCUGAAGAUCUUGUCUGAGCCUGGAUAGGGACAUGGAGCUUUGCAUUUAUGGGAACAUAACCAACACUCCAUGGCUGAUAUAAACAGCUUCAGAUGUUGUUGUCUAAAGCUGGAGCCAGAAAUACUUGAUGCAGUAUGGGACUGAAACUAUUGUGAAUGUCCUUUCCUUUGAUUUGUCUUAACUUUGAAGCUUGUUCAUCAGGAACAGUAACUUGUGUUAGUGGAAGUGGAGUGAGUUGACUUCAGGUUUCACUCAGCUCAGAGGAUUUUGUGAUUGCUUUUCCGCUAAUGAGAUCAGACCUGGGACUUGAUCAGUUUUAACCCUAUUUUAGCCAAUAGAGCAUGCAGAUUUUCCUCUUUAGUCCCUGCUACUAACCUGGUCUCUGCCAGUUAAAAAGAAGUGCAAACCUUAAAGGGCUUUUAAAAUUCCUCCAGAUUUGCUGCCCUUGUCCAGGGCUGGCGCUGCUGAGGUAUGUGCUAAGUCGCUACUUGUGAUGAAUGCUUUGUGUAAGUAGGAGAAGGAGGGCUUGUAGCACCGAAGAAGGGUAAUCAGAUGUCCCUUUGUUUGUGAUAAAACAGGUGUAAAAUCUGAAAUGAGGAUGUAAAACAGUUAAUCUGUGUGACUAGAUUUGGAAGGAUUUGAUUUUUUUAAAUUGGUAAAUGUCAGGAAAUGUUGAUUUCACUGUGCAUGCACAAACUGACACAAAGUAUACGUGAAAUUUAGAUGGAGGCAAAAUAAGAAAAAUGCUUCUUGAGAGCAUAUUAGUUUGACUUAAGGCUAUUAAUUUGUAUAUGUGGAAUGUGGUGUUGACAAUAUGUAUGCUAAUAGUUAUAUUGCUUUAACUCUGUUAAAAUCUCAACAUCUAUUGUAGUAAAUAAUUCUCAUCCCUCAAUUUCCCAAAGCUGUGAAAGUUUAAACUAAAAAAUACUCAAAAUCCACAAUUUUCCACAACUAUGAAAAUUUAAAUCGAAAAGAUAGGUAACAAUAAGCAUUGAUAUUGUCCAUCAAAAUUGCAAAGAAUAAAAAAUAGAAUCCUGCCAAGCUUGUAUAAAAUUGCUGCAGCUCAAAACCUCCAUCUCCCUUCCCAUGAAAAGAAGCAUAAAUUGAGGACUGGUUUACACUGAAAAUUUACCUUGACAUAGGUCAGUCUCAUGAGGUGUGAGAAAUCUGCUGCCCAGAUAGUUGGUGCUACUGACAUAACCCUCGGUAUAGACUGCAUUCUUCCAUCAACUUAGCUACCACCUCUCUGCGUGGGUGGAUUAUCUAUGCCAAUAGGCAAUCCGCUUUCUGCAGGUAGUGGUUUAUGCUGAAGCGUUACAGCAGAAGAGAUGCAUCUGUGCUGCUAUAGAGAUUAAAGUGUAGACAUAGCCUGAAUGACAUUAUAGUGAAGUCCCAGACUAUGAUCUGUUCGUAUUAACCUAUUUUUGAAGCUAUGAAAAGGAAUGAAUUGCCUGCAUGCUUUGUUCCACCCCCCCUUUCUGUACUGCAGUCAGUUACUCAGGGCUUGUCCACUCCAAUGUUUCUCAAUCAGUGGUAUGAGUACCCUUAGGGGUACUCAACAGAAGAUUGGGGGGUACAUCAACACAACUGAAAUUUGGCGAAAACUGAAUUUUUGUUUUAAGUUUUACAGCAUUUUAUU